AUGAAUAAAUUAUUACUUUAUUGUGCAGCAUGUUUAAAAAUAUCUGAAUUUAAUAAUAUUGAGUCAGAAAAUAAUGUUCUCAAGAAUAAUUUUACUGAAGAUCUUAAUGAUCAUUCUCGAAUAUUAUUAUCUAAUUUAUUAGAAAAUGUUAACUAUAAUGAUAUUAAAGAAAUAUAG